AUGUCGGCAAACGGAUCAUCGAACUAUAAUGAGUGCGGUAAGUACACGAAUGAUCAAAGCGAGUUUAGACUUGUGGUCGUGGGUCCUCCAGUUGUGGGUAAAUCUGCCCUUACAAUCCGGUUGACCCAAUCAGAAUUUGCGACGGAAUAUGAUCCCACUAUUGAAGACUCCUACCGUCAUUACUGUGAAGUCAAUGGCAUUCAGACCUCUCUUGAUAUUUUGGAUACCGCUGGUCAGGAGGAGUAUUCUUCUAUGAGAGAUCUCUACAUGAAAACUGGUGAAGGAUUCCUACUGGUUUUCAGUUUGGUGGAUAGACAUUCUUUUGAGGAGAUCAGCACUUUUUACAACCAAAUUAUGCGAGUCAAAGGUGAACAGGUUAGCUUUGUUCCUUUGAUGCUCGUCGGCAACAAAAACGAUCUCGAAGAGGAAAGACAAAUAUCUAAAGAGGAAGGUGUGUCGCUUGCCAAAAAAUUCAAUGCUGCAUAUAUUGAAACAUCGGCAAAGACGGGUGAGAAUGUUACCGAGGCUUUUCAUGGCUUGGUGAAGGUCAUUAUGCACAACUCAGUUCUUGGAUCAGGUGUUGCCGGAACAUUAUAUCCAAGUGCGAAGGAAGAGAGGGAUGCAGAGUUGCACGAGGCCUCAGAGAGAAGGAAGGAAUUAAAAAAGCAAAAGAAGAAUGGAACAUACCAAGAAACAGGAGAGGAAAUUGCAGAUCAAACAAAGGGAGCAUUAAACAAAGCUACUGGAAGCAAAGCCGCCAAUUCUUCAGGGGACGGACCUGCUAAUGCAAAACAAUCCGAGAAAGAAAGUGGCGGAUGCUGUACGAUCAUGUAA